ACGGUGAGUAAUCAGCACCGGAGAAUUUGUCGAUGCAUUUACGGAUCUAAGCUUCGUCAUCGCUCGUGUGCCGGCAUGUCCGACAGUGACCGGCUUCCGCCGGAGAUCUGGGACCGAAUCUUCGAUUGUCUUCCGUUCCGCGAGCAACUGGACAAGGCGGUGGUUUGUAGGGCGUGGAACUUGCGGGUCGCUCGGAGGGCGACGGUACUGAUAGAUGGUCCCGGUUCGCGGGAACAUCUUGAGGCGCUGCAGAAAUCGCAGAGGAAUUACAGGAGCUUCACGGUGGAGGUGCUGAAGGAAGAACGGCACUAUCAGGCAACUCGGAAGGUGCUGCAUGUUUGUCGGAAGAAGUUUCGAGCGCAGCGGAUCCGUUUUGGGUCGGUCACGAGUCGGUUGUUCACUCUGGUUGUUCAGAAAUACUUUGAGUGGGUUGGGACGGUUCAGGUGUUGAGUUUGCAGCUCUGUGACGACGAAGUGUUUCCAGCGGAAGCGCUGUCACGACUGGUUGACCUCCGUGAGCUUCGACUGCUGAACGUGUGUGACACUGCUGUUCCUUGGGGAGGGGUUCUUGGGCAGCUGGACAAGUUGCGGAUACUGACCGUGGACGCGGCUUGGCAUUACAAUGAUGAAGCGCUAGGAGAGCUAGUUGAAGCUGUUGCUGGAUGUGUGAAUCUGAGGGAGCUGACGAUUCGGUCGCAUGAUACCGUAGGGUUGGGAAAGCUAGCGGAAUCGCUCAGUCUUCUGACGAAGCUAAGCUUGGUACGAUUGACCGUUCGUCUGGAUGAAUGCGUUCUGAGCUUCCCAGCACUGAGGCAGCUCAACCUGGACAUUGAUUGGUACGAGUUCGACAAGCCUCAUCUCGUGAUCAACGCUCCUCUGCUGGAGUCACUGCGAAUAGCCAAGAAAACGAUUCACUUCCUUAAGUUAAGCCAGAAAACGCAGAUCUCGUCGCUUGAUCUGUUCGGAUAUAGCAUUUCUUCGCCCCAUCCGUGCUUCUCUGCGGUGCGAGAGCUUACGCUGAGCACGUGGGAACCGGCCAACGCCGAAGCAAUUCUCGAUGAGAUCAACUUCUUUCCAAACGUUGAGAAGCUGGCAAUACGACUGGUCUCGAAGGAGUGCGUCAUUCCGGUGCCGGAAGCGGCGACCUUCAAACACAUUAAGACACUAUAUUUGAACAACUUUGUACUCUCUAUAAGCUUCUUUGAAGAAAUGGCACAAGUUAAAAUUUUGGAGAACCUCACCAUCGAAGAGUGCAACUUCUUCCACAACUGCACCGGGCCACCAGCGGAUCUGACCCACCUCAGGCACUUUCGCGUGAAGCGCGUCUCGAUGCCAAUGGCCGUGGACACGUUCCCCGUCGCACUCGCCCCGAACCAGCCGCCGGUCGUCGUGGUGGACAAGCUGCGGACGCACCUGUGGCGCAACGAUCACUUCAACGUGUUCAGCUCGAAGGAGUUCGGAUCUUAAAAAGGAUUUGUCAGCAAAGAUUAGCAUUUUUUUUUAAUUUCUUAAAAAUCUCUUGAUGUAACAAAUCACAAAGUUUCUUCCUGCACUGAUUGAAUAAAGCAAAGACACUCGCGCAAACAUUAAAUAAAAUCGUAACUAGCUAAAA